UGUGUGUAUGCCAGUCUCUAAACACAGGGCAACAGCAACAUAGUGAGCAUGCCAGUACUUUAGUACUUCUCACUUUUUUUUACACACCUUGUGGUCUUGUGCGGACCCAGGACAGUGGUUUCAUCAUGGAGUUGGGAAAAAUUCACCUGAAUCUAAAGACAGUGCUGCUGACGAUGAUGAUGUUCAAAUGGGGAAUCCUCUGCACAGCUACAUCAGAUAAAUGUUUGUCUGCGCCCUGCCAGAAUGAAGCUUCCUGUGUGGACACCAUGGAUGAUUACGCCUGUAUCUGUGCCAGAGACGGGGUCCGAUACAUGGGCAAAAACUGUGAUGAACUCUACGACGCCUGCUCCUUUGCUCCGUGUGAGAACUGCACCAGCACCCCUGGAACCACAGAAUACCACUGCAUCUGCCCUGACGGACUGACAGGUGACAACUGCACGGAGGAGGUCGACGAGUGUCAGAGCAACCCGUGCUCCGAACCCCGCUCUCUCUGCGUGGACCAGCUGAAUGGAUACUUCUGCAGGUGUCCUCCAGGGUAUGGAGGAGGGGACUGCAGGACGCAUGUGACCGACUGCAUCGAUGACCCCUGCAGGAACGGUGGGACUUGUGUUUUACAACUGGAGGGCUUUGAGUGUCUCUGUGCACAAGGGUUUGAGGGGAAGACCUGCGAGGAAGACGUGAAUGAAUGUUUGUCUGAGCCUUGUCAGAAUGGAGCUAUCUGUAUAGAUGGAGUGGCAGAGUUCCAUUGCUUCUGUGUGCCUGGUUUCCAGGGAUACAACUGUGAGAUCGACAUCAACGAGUGUGCUUCACGACCCUGCGAGAACAACGCCACUUGCAUCAAUGAAAAGGACCACUACGAGUGCGAGUGUCUGGAGGGCUUUGGAGGAGUCAACUGUGAAAUUGAAAUAGAUGAGUGUGAGUCUGGCCCCUGCCGCAACCGAGCCACCUGCCACGAUCUGAUCGCCAUGUACUCCUGUGAGUGUUUGCCCGGGUUCGAUGGCAUCGACUGCGAGGUCGACGUUGAUGAGUGCGCCAGUGAGCCCUGUCAGAAUGGAGCCGUUUGUCAUGACAUGGUUAACAGCUAUGAAUGUGACUGCAGUGAUACAGGAUUUGAGGGUGACCACUGUGAAGUGGACAUCCCUGAGUGUGCUUCUGAUCCCUGUCAGCAUGGUGCCACGUGUUUAGAGGGAGUCAGAGGAUACACCUGCCUCUGCUGGCCAGGCUACGAGGGAGCAAACUGUGAGGUUGAUAUAGAUGAGUGUGCCGAGGAGCCCUGCGAGAACGACGGGGAGUGUUUUGAGCGUUCAGAUCCAUCUCACUGGGAUCUGGACUGGGAGCUCAGCUAUGCAGACGCAGCUGGCUAUAUCUGCCAGUGUCAGCCCGGGUUUGCGGGAGAGAACUGUUCCGUCAACAUUAAUGAGUGUGAGUCUGAACCCUGCCAGAAUGGAGGCACUUGUGAGGAUAAGAUCAAUGGCUACACCUGUACAUGCUCUGUUGGAUUUCUAGGUGAGCUGUGCGAGGUGAACAUUGAUGAAUGUGAGAGCCAGCCCUGUCAGAAUGGUGGCUGGUGUGAAGACGGCAGGGCGUCCUACACCUGCCACUGUCCUGAGGCAGAACCAGGUGACCUUCCUUGGGGGGGUGACCACUGUGAUGUGAAACUCUACGGCUGUGUGGACCACGAGUGCCAGAAUGGAGCCACCUGCCACCCAUGGCUAGAGGGUGGAGAACACGGUCACACGUGCUUGUGCCCUCACGGCUUCUACGAUGAGCAGUGUUCCACAAGAACAACGUUCUCCUUCUCCACUCCUGGAUUCGUUCACAUCCAGGUUGUUCUCGAAGAAAGGAUCCGUAGGGAGGUUGAGCACCGUGUUCAUCGUGGGUUUGGGGUACAGCUACGGUUCCGGACAACUUUACCCAAUAUGUUGCUCUUCUACAGAGGGGAUGUGGACAAUCACCUCCUCCUGGAGCUCGUCAAUGGUGGUCUUCAUGCAAAAGUCUUUUCUGAGGAGUCUGAAAUGGAUGUGACAUUUUCUGGUUUGGUUAGUGACGGACACUGGCGAGAUGCUCAUGUGUUUGUAGAUAAUGAAGGUCUGGUUUUGAUUGUGAAAGGACCUGGCUGUGACAAGGACGGAUGCAAAGUUAUAGAUGGUGGUGCUGACGAACCACCUUUCCAGCCCUCCGAAGCCUUUACUGAUAUUUAUGUAGGUGGAGCACCGGAGGAGCUUUUAGAGUACUCUGUUAGUGGAGCAGACUUCAUUGGAUGUAUGGAAGACCUGAUGAUCGACUCUAAGCCUAUCCUACCCCAAACACUUCCAGAGGACCAAGGCCAUGAGCUGGGAUGCAGUAAGACUGAAUGGUGUACGCCUGACCCCUGCAACGGACAUGGACGCUGUGUGGACCAGUGGAUCAGCUAUCAGUGUGACUGCUACCGUCCCUUCCAUCAUGAGAGCUGCUCUGAAGAAUUCCCCUCGUGGACAUAUAGCCAUGAGGACACAGUGAGUUUCAGUGCCUACGAUGUAGGUAAGAACCACGGGAGCAACUUCAACGUGUCCUUCUUCCUGAGGUCUUUAAAGCCAGACGGGCUGCUGUUCCAGCUGAGGAGGCCCACAGACGAAGAGGGGGGCGAGGUCUACUUCUCAGUCUACCUGGGGAUGGGGAGGGUUUUUGUCAGCUCUCUGCCUAACAGCUCCCCGCUGACAGCUCCAAUAUUUGUGACCACUGGCGAGAAGCAGCUCCUGCAGGUGGAGGUCCAACAAAGGCAGGUGAUCUUUGAGCACGCAGGCCUUCGUUAUGGGAUAGGAGAGAUCCCUGAGGUUACUGUUAACAGCGGGGACCAGGCCUUUGUAGGAGGACUUCCAGGGUACUUGGACUCUGAUGUGUGGGGGGGGCAUUACAAAGGUUGCCUGCAGGACCUGCGUUUAGACUUGGUGCAUCUAGAUGUGGAUUCCUGGAACCGCUCAGAUGAGGAGGAAGUGUAUUUGCCAGGUGAUGCUGAAAAUGUAAAGGAGGGCUGCGUCAGUGAUGAUACCUGCAAGAUGACGCCUUGUCAAAAUGGAGGAGAAUGCACCAUCACAUUCAACGAUUUUACAUGUUCUUGUCCGGAGGAAUACACUGGAAAGACCUGUGAAACACGUGUGUGGUGCGUUAGUGAUCCUUGUGUCAAUGGCGGUCAUUGUGUGGACCUUCCUGAUGGAUAUGAAUGUGUGUACAAUGCCACGUUUGAGAACAACCCUGUGCACUACAGUGCUGGAGGCUCCCUGGCUGAACCGGUCUCUGACAUAUACAUGGAGCUGCGGACUCGUUCAGAGAACGCCAUGCUCCUCAGAGCCUCCUGGGGUUCUGAUCUACUGAUGGUUGGCCUUCUGGACUCUUCAGUCCGGGUGGAGAUUCACAUUGGCAACAGUGUUGAGACGCUGACCUUUACAGGAGUUCGUCGAGUGGCUGAUGGGAGCUGGCACCGUGUGAACAUUUCAAUGGUUGAGAAGGAACGCAAAGCCUCUCCCUGGGUCAUCACCGUGGAUGGAAUCACAGACGCCAGCAGCGUGCCAGAGCGCACAGGAAGCCUUAAUUUUCUUAAUGAGAAGGGCGCCACGCUGGCUAUUGCAGAGAGCUUUACUGGUUGCUUGGGUGCACUGAGAGUCGGAGGAGUCUACCUUCCUUUUGUGGAUGACAAUAAAGCCCCACAGCCAUCGCAGUUCCAUUUGGAUGGCAAAGCAAAGAUUCGUUUGGGUUGUUCCAGUGCCCCUGUUUGUGAUUCAGAUCCUUGUCUAAAUGGAGCCACCUGUGAAGACCUCUUUAAUAAAUUCGGCUGUGUCUGUGACUCGGGUUGGGAGGGAGAGCAGUGUGAAACAGACACUGAUGACUGCGCGUCUCAGCCCUGCGUCCACGGAAGCUGUAAGGACUACUUAGCUGGUUUUGAGUGCCGUUGCCACUCUGGAUAUGCUGGUGAGCUCUGUGAUGAGGAUCUCGACGAGUGUGAGCAUCACGUUUGUGAACAUGGAGGCACCUGCCAGGAUGGACCCAACAUGUACACCUGCAUAUGCUCCAAGGACUAUAGAGGCCCCCUCUGCCAAUGGGACUAUCCUCCAAUACAGUGUGGCGAAGAUGUCCAGUGUGCAAAUGAAGGUAUCUGCAAUGAUGGGCUGUGGGGAGCUAACUGCACAUGCAUGCCAGGUUUUACAGGCAGCAGGUGUGAAAUGGAGAUCAAUGAGUGUGAGUCUAACCCAUGCCGAAACGGUGGCUCCUGUUUGGAUCGCUUCAACAUGUUCGUGUGCGAAUGCCCGACUGGUUACAGCGGUCCUAUCUGUGACACUAACAAACAAGCACAUAAACAGGGAGUCCCCUGGCUGGUGGUGGCCAUCCCGCUGCUCUGCUUUUGCCUGCUGAUAAUGAUCAUUGGCUUGACCUUCGUGGUGCUCACGGCGAGGAAGAAGCGUCAGUCGGAGGGCGCGUACAGCCCCAGCUCACAGGAGCUAGCCGGGGCUCGGCUGGAGAUGGACAGCAUGCUCAAAGUCCCGCCGGAGGAGAGACUCAUCUGAGACACAGCAGGUGUUUGAGGGGAUCUGAGCACUGCAGGCAGAUGCACACGACUCACUGUGAAACUUUUAGAUACUCUAAAUACCUAGGCUGAACUGAAGGAUGUGUGUUGUAGCAUACAGCCCCCUCCUGGUGGAGACCAGCUACUGCAAUGUGUUAAUCAUGUGAUGCUGAGUUUUUGAUAAAGGACAUCUGCCCCUCAGAAACUGACUUACAGGUUGGGGAAACAAGGAAGUACAAUCCAUUGCUCUAUACACUGUAGUUUGUCUAAGGCAGGGCCUUAACCUGUUUCUAUAGUCCUAAAUAGUGCACAGAGGACAAUUUAAGGGCUUUAUUUUGAGAACCUCUGCACAGCCAAGUGAUACAAGCACACAAAAACUGGCUGCUGGUGUUUCCAUAGUCAGAGGAUUAGAGUGUGCCUGUGGUGCUGCUGGAAACUGGGUUGCAUUUGUAGGAAAGCAUCAUUAGAUGUCAGGGACCCAAACAGCACCCAGCACAGUUGAGCAAAGGCCACUAGAUGCUGGCUCCAAGAAAACUAUGCCUGUGUUAGAGUGACUGGAAAACCAGCACAAUUUAUUUUUCUAUUUACUUGUAAUGUUGAUCUGUGCUGGAGAUUUUGAUAAUUCCACUUAAAAUACAUUACAGCUUAAAUAUAGGAAUAAUUAAGAGUGUGUUUUUUAAUAAAGUGCAUUUUCAUGCACAGGUUUAAUUUGCACACACAAACAUCCACAUCUGAGUGGAAACCCAGCAGUAACUUCUGUGGCUGCAAGUGAAUACCGAAGUGUCAAAAUCUGCAGUUUCUCAAAAACCACUUGAGGCUGGCUCCAUAAGGCCCCAUAUUAAAAUGCCCUUUACAGCUAAAAUAAACCUGUUUACAGCCUGGUACAGAAAACACUUUUGGCCUCUAUAGACAAUUUCCCCAUUCAUGAUAACUGUACUGUUAUAACUAACCUGUUUGAAUUAUAUCAAGGCUUAAAGUAAAAUAUUAAGGUCCGGGCUUUAUUCAGCCCGCCUCAGCUCCACCUCUUUGCCCAUUUUUGGAUUAGCCGGGAGCCGGCAGAGUCAGGACUGCCAAGAUGGCGACGGCCAGAGCCGACCACACUGAGCUUCACAACUGCUCUUCAGAGACCUAUGGGGGACGUCACAGAGACUACAGACAUUUCUAAUGAUACAGUCUACGGUAUUAAUGUGUGUCCUGGGUGAUCUGAUCACAAGUGGACAGCUCUAACUACAGGUGUAAAUGCACCCAUGAUACAUUGAGGAUUCAUUGAGAUCUGAUUGCUCAGACCACAUUCAGAGGUGGUCUGGGCUGCAUUCUUUUAGCACUGUGUCCUGUACCACACUGAAGGACCGCCUCCUCAACUGAAAUCUUCUGCGUAAGCUGAAGUACAUACAAAGAAGAAGAAGAAGCCACAACAACAGACAAAAUGGAUUCUCGUGGUUGAAGUACUCAUGAAACGUGCUGUCUGAUUUCCAUUUGGGGAAAAGCAUCAGUAUAAAAGAGCAAACUCAUUUUAAUUUGCAGGAUACUUGACAACUAAUUUAGUCUUUGAAAACAGAAAUGAUGCUAGUGUUUAUUUGCAUAUAGAGCAGGGAGGUGAGAUUCGAUCUGAAGUGGUCACUCGAGAUGAAUGCGGAGACGCAUUUUAAUGUCAGGUAAAAACUGACGUACUUGAAGUGUCCACUUUGGAUUGACUGAAUCACAUUACCAGGUGUAACCAGGGUCAAUGACAGAACAAUUUGUCUCUCACAAAAACUUACCGGACAGCACAAGGACAUGUCCUCCACCUACUGCCCUCUGUGCAUGGUGUAUGUACUCUGUUAUACCCCCAGGGAGGGCAACCAGUGCUUCUGUGCAGAGACACAGAAACAAACACCAGAAUUUCCCUUUAAAUUGUCUCAGUAAGCUUCUGAAUAGAGAUACAGAACAUGGCUGGGAUUGCCCCCAAAAACAUAGAUUCCCAUAAUCCUUUACCCCCAAAGUUGCACUGUAAUCCAUA